AUGUGGUACUUGGCGGGUUUUGUGGGGCUCCUGUAUGCCCUGUGUGAUGUGAACUACUUCAUACGAGUGUUCACCACCGUACUGCACGUGAUUCUGCUCCCCGGUACGAUCAAGGUCACGGACAAGCACACAAUUUAUGGUUUCUGCACCACGCAGGAUGUCGAUUUCCUGCUGAACCACAUGAACAAUGGGCGUUACCUUCGCGAGUUGGACUUCUGCCGGUUCUACUGGUACGGACGGUCACGCUUUUGGCCGCUCGGUAACGCGAAGAAUCUUCUGCAGGGCGAAUGUAUGGUACGGUACCGGCGCAUGCUGCCCAUCUUCAAAGCGUACAAGGUGGAAACCCGAAUGAUCUGGUGGGACGAACGGUCGAUCUACUUCGAGCAUAAGUUCAUUACACUGCACGAUGGGUUUAUCCGUACGGUCGCGUACUCACGCCAGCGUGCCAUCGGCGUCAACUUGCUCGAGUACGUCCAGCAGUUCCCGGAGUGUCGCGAACGGCCAGAACAACCGGCCGUCCUGAAAGGUUGGAUGGAAUCGAACGAAGUGAGCAGUCAGCAGCUACGCAAGUGA